GCACUUCACCGUGACGCCGUGGAUUCAGAUGGCCUUUAAAAUUUCGCUAAAUUUCAUGUUUUUGCUGACCAAUAUGUUACUUCUUACUUUGUAAGUUCGAUUCGAUUUGUGUUUGUCAUCACAUAUGACUGAUUUUUGUUCCUAUUACAAUGGCUUCUUAUGACUUUUCAACAACUAUUUUAUAUGCUUAUCUUGCCGUCAUCACAUCGUUAUAUACUUGUCAUUGGAUUGUACACGUAGAUGCAUACCGCAUAGAUAUACUACAAGGGUACUUUGGAUGUAGUAUAUCGGAGAGUAACGCCUCAGUGAUUUGUAAACAAACAAACGUCGUCGCUGUCACAAUGAAAGUGCAGUAUACUAUUAAUGAACUCUACGCUUUACGUAAUGCCCCAAAGCCCCCUUUGUCACCAAAUUCUAAGCAGACAGUGAUUGAAUGUGGCAUACGUAGGAAGAGGGGGACUCGUGGAGGCAAAGGGAACAAACGGAAUAUACCAGUCAGAGUUAUUUCUUGGGGGAAACCCCGAUUUCAGCGACAAUCAGGUGUGAAUUAUGAGAACCUUGUGUUUGUGCCAACUAGCGACUUUACCAUCAUCACCAAGACCAGGAACCAGAAACCGGUGAUGUAUGACUUUCCAACACUGUAUAUGGCCAAUCUGAGAUCAAUUGCUAACAAAUUCGAUGAACUUUAUGCAGUGAUCAAAAUGUAUAAAGUAGAUGUGUGUGCCAUAUCAGAAUCGUGGUUAAAUAACGAUGAGGGUGACACUUUCUGUAUAGAUGGCUACAUACAACUGUCUAAGAGUCGUUCCAGUCGCCGCGGGGGAGGAGUCCUUGUGUAUGCUCGUGAUGAUCUGUACCCCAAACCUGUUACAAACAUAAGAGUUCCAGACAAUCUAGAGGUUAUAUGGAUACAACUACGCCCUCGCCGACUUCCACGUGAAGUCUCAAGCCUGUUUGUCGCUGUAGUGUACAGUCCCCCUAACUCUAACUCUGAGACCGAGUUGAUUGACCACAUCAUCGACUCAGUAGAUGUUAUCCGUUCUCGUCACCCUUAUGCUGGAAUUGCGAUUUUAGGGGACUUCAACAGAGUGGACACUGAUGGAAUAUGCACCGCCGUGUCUCUCAAACAAAUUGUAGAAGAGCCUACUAGGAACGAUGCCAUUCUGGAUAAAAUCAUUACAAAUCUCCAGAAAUACUACAAGAAAUGUGAAAUAAAGUGUCCAGUCGGUACCAGUGACCACAAUGCCAUCCUCUGGUGCCCGCUACCAUCGUUUGCUCAUCGCCCCAACACUACCAUGAGGCGUACUGUGCGACCCAUGAAGGACUCGGACACAAGAGCAUUUGGUCGAUGGAUUUCGACAUACUCCUGGACUGAAGUCCAUGACGCAGUAUCCUCAGAGGUCAAAUGUAAUGCAUUCUGUGGAACCCUCAAGUCUGCUAUGGACCAUUUCUUCCCACUGAAAAGGGUGAAUAUUCACGAGAGAGACAAGCCCUGGGGAUGA